CCAAGUUCAAUUCUUAGGCAAGAGCAAAAGAAGGCGGGAUGGUUAUCUCAAUCUAUGCCAAUCUGACUGCUCCUCUUCCAGGAGCUAGACAAUGCAAAUACACGGGCCAAUCAGUGAGAGUUGUUCCUAUACGGAUAUUAACGGUAGGGAAAAAGCGUUCCCCUGGAGUACAGUUGAUAGUCGAUGAGUACAUUCGAAAACUCAACCACUAUUGCACCGUUGAUGAUGUUCAAAUACGGUCCAAUCCUAGAAAUGCAAGUGAUGCAAGGGCUCAGGUUGAUGAUGAAGAUACAGCAAUGAUGAACAUUAUCAGGUCUGAUGAUUGGGUUGUGAUGUUGGAUGAGAAUGGACAAGAUAUUGGGUCUGAGCAGAUGGCUGAGUUGGUGGGGGAUGCAGGGAAUACAGGAGCUUCUAGAUUAUCAUUUUGCAUAGGUGGACCUUAUGGUCAUGGACGACAAUUGCGUGAGCGAGCUAACAUAUCAAUCAAGUUGUCUACGUUGGUCUUAAAUCAUCAGAUUGCAUUGCUAGUGCUGAUGGAACAACUAUAUAGGUCGUGGACUAUUCUGAAAGGACAAAAAUACCAUCAUUAGCCAUUCUUUCAUGAUCUGAAUCAUGUCUGAUAGGGAUUUUUCAAAUAUUGCAGACCUGGUUAUGAACUGGUUGCAACAAGGUUCUCUAAUGGUGUAAGGUCUGACAUUGAUUACAUGUUUGGAUGCAAUCCAAUCUUCUCGAGGAGAACUGGAGAAGUUACCUUGCUGCCAUCUUUUCUUUAGAUUUUUAUUUUGAUUUGACAGUUUAGUAAAUUAUAUGAGAGUGUUUCAUUAAAUAGUCUUGGUGGAUUAUUAUAAUAGUAAUUUUUUUUUUUUUUUGAGAAUCCUUAUGAUAGUAAUUUGAAGUUGUGGUUUGUUGGAAUUGGAAGCUGCAUCAGGACUGAAUCGUUCCUGCAUAUAGUGUAUAGGACUUGUGAAGAUGGAACUGAUUGUAAGAAACUGAAAUUUCUUUAUCAGAUGCAGCUCCUUUACAUUAAGUCUAUA